GUUUGUAUUGUUUCAUGGUCAGUUAUUAGUGUAACUGGUUUGGUUUAAGUUAGAAAAGUUUAAGCAGAGUUAGCAGCAAGCUUCUUCGCCUUUAUUUCGUUAAAUGCCGCAAUCCGGACAUCCCGGUAGCUAUUAUGAUAGCAUGUUGCAACAUGCACUGUUUUACCAUUCAGUACCACUUCCUUAAGUUACAUUAAUUCAAGACACAGGUUAUAUCCAGAUCAGCUCCUCCAUCAGCAAAGUCCCCCACCGACUUGAAGGGCACUCUCCGAGAAAGCUGACAAGGACAUACUCGGGAUCUGAGUCUCCAAACAAGUCUGAGUUCAGUUACAGCUCUGAAUGGCCACAGCUGCAGAGGAGCCUCCAGGGCUCCAAAGUGGCAAUUUGACUGGGACUCGAAAAAAUGCUUCUCCAGAGGGUCCAAGCACUAGCAUGUCUCAGACCAUGAAAAAAACAAUCGGCCAUCGUGGAAUUGAUCCCACUGGGGAGACGACGUACAAAAAGACAACCUCAUCAGCCCUGAAAGGUGCUAUCCAGUUAGGCAUCACGCACACGGUGGGAAGCUUGAGCCAAAAACCCGAGAGAGACGUGCUACUGCAGGAUUUUGAAGUUGUGGAAAGCAUCUUCUUCCCAAAUGAGGGCAGCAACCUGACACCAGCACAUCACUAUGGAGACUUCAGGUUCAAGACGUACGCCCCUAUCGCCUUUCGCUACUUCAGGGAGAUGUUUGGCAUCCGUCCUGAUGACUACAUGUAUUCUCUGUGUAAUGAGUCACUGAUUGAGCUAUCAAACUCUGGCGCCAGUGGAUCUCUUUUCUACGUCUCAAGUGAUGAUGAGUACAUCAUUAAGACAGUGCAGCACAAAGAGGCAGAAUUUCUGCAGAAACUGCUUCCAGGAUAUUUUAUGAACCUGAACCAGAACAAGCGGACCUUAUUGCCAAAGUUUUACGGACUCUACUGUGUCCAGGCAGGGGGUAAAAAUAUCCGUAUUGUGGUCAUGAACAAUCUGCUCCCGAGUGCUGUACGAAUGCACCUCAAAUAUGAUCUAAAGGGCUCCACCUAUAAGCGACGAGCCUCAGCUAAAGAGAGGGAAAAGGCUGUGCCCACAUACAAGGACUUGGAUUUCAUGCAGGACAUGCCUGACGGGCUGUUACUUGAGGGUGACAAGUACAGUGCUGUUUACAAGACCAUCCAGAGAGACUGUCUGCUCUUGCAGAGUUUCAAGAUUAUGGACUACAGCCUUCUGGUGGGAAUCCACAAUAUAGAUCAGGCCUGUCGAGAGCAGGCAAGUGAAGAGGCGGUGGCAGCGGCCAUGGACCAGAGGAGGCCACAGGGCCAAAAGUCCCUGUACAGCACUGCUAUAGAGGCCAUCCAGGCAGAGGCAGGGAGCAUGGGAUCACUGGACACAGGGGACAAAACUGGAGGAAUACCAGCACGAAACUCAAAAGGCGAGAGGCUGCUGGUGUACAUUGGUAUCAUUGACAUUAUGCAGUCCUAUAGAUUAGUGAAGAAGCUUGAACAUUCAUGGAAAGCGCUGGUUCACGAUGGGGAUACUGUAUCAGUACACAGACCAAGUUUUUAUGCGGAACGAUUUCAGAAGUUCAUGUGCAGUACAGUCUUCAGGAAGAUCUCCUUGAAAACCUCCCCAUCUAAGAAGUGCCGUGCAGUGGCUUAUGGUCCUUUGAGAAAAGCAACUAGCACUGGGCCUCUUCCUUUGACCCAAACCAGCUGCAACAACCAGCAGCCUUUACUCCAACGAGAAGGCAGUUCUGAGACCAGGGAAGACACUGAAGGAGAAAACGUCAUGCAGGCAGGUCGUCCUGACCUCCUCCCAAAGACCUUACCACCCAGCGACGCUGUUGGCAACGCUGCUGAAACUGCCGUCUGCUCCUCCCUGGGAAACUCUGACUUCACUGCCUCAAGCCAGCCCGUGACUCAGUCUCAGGACACAUGCAGAGCUCAGUUUGGGACUCUUGAAGAAAGUAUUGGUGCUGACGAUGUAAUCUCACUCGGCGACAUUGUUCCUAAUACAAGCAAAUGUUCUGUGUAGAUGUGGGAAAGAGUACACGACUCAAAUGAACCUGAAACAAAAUUGGAGGAUGUUCUGAGCAUGGAUGAAAUGUUACAGCCGCCUUGGUGUGAUUUGAGGUACCAAAAUUGGAAAAGUGUAUCAGCGAGACCAAAUUGGAUCUUAAAUGAAUUUUUGUUAUUAUUUUUGCACGUUGACUUCCAAAUCUCAACAUGGUAUGAGCAUGUUAGUCGGUGGUUGUGUUUUGACAUUAGUAACAGCGGGUAAAUGAAUGCUGUGGUUAUUGAACACUAUUAUUCAUCUCAUAGGAAUGCUUAUAUGCACAACCAAAGAAUGUUCUUGGCACUGAUGUUCUCAACUAAAACAGUGUUUGGUGUAGAGUGUAACAGGAGAAUUUUGCAUUAUUUGAAAACAAAACUUCUUCAUUCAAGCCCAGUUAUUUUGAAUUAAUUGUGUAGUUUUUGGAAUUAAUUCCUCUUUUUUUUUAUACCACAUUGCUGUAUCAGAUCCUCAUGCGUACUUGGCUCUGUAAGUGUCAUGUGUCUGGAAUACUAUACAUGCUCUAUGUUUAACCUACACACUUUAACACAAAACUAUAUUAUCUGGAUUAUCUGGACACAGUUUUAAUAAAAUGGUUUAUUUUAUAAAGAAAUUAAUGUGUUCAUACGUGGUAAUCUUUAGUUUUUUUUCAGAUUACUCUAAAUGCUGGAAAGAGAGGUGAUCCUCAGCUUGUAGUUUCUAUUUAACCAGCUGUUCUAAUGGACCUGUACUUCCGUAGAGAUGUUCACAUCAGAAGGUUAUUUUAUAACAAUUUGUUUUGUUUUUUAAUACGUAUACACUGUACGAUCUGAUAUCAAUUUCAGGUUUAGUUUGUAGACGGCUUACGACCAAAUGCAAAGAACGAUACUCAGAUGGCUGUGGACAAAGUGCCGCAAUAAACAGUGACCUGGGGCCUGUCUCAUGAAGUAGUGAGUUAGUCAGCUAAGUUUGGAGUGAACCUCGUCUUUUCAGUGUCAUGGAGAAAAGCUGGAAUUUGACCUUGAGCGGUUGCCAUGGUAACUAAUGCCACUGACCAAAACCUGCAAGGAGCUGUUUACAGCAGAAAUAUAGAACUAUAAGAACCACCUUCUCACUAAUCAAGUGAGGAGUACCAAAGAGCACAGCGCGACUUUACUACAAAUUGGUACAAUCACUUUGUUUUCUAUUAUCAUUUAUGAUGUUGGAAAUAGUAUUAGUAGGAAGUGUUUGCAGUAUAACCAGCAUCCCACCCUGGCAUCAAAUAGUAAAGCAGAGCAUGGCUAGUUAGUGGCAGUACUUAAUAAAAUUUAGUGUUGCUUGUCAAUUGCGCUUAUUGGGCUUUGUUGCCAAUUUUUCCAAUUUUCCCAAUUUCCGUUCUAUAUUUGCUGUUCAUCACUGAAGCCCUAGAGAGCAUUUGGUUAUUUUGCACAUUUAAGGAUAAGACCCUGUCAUAUACACUCAGUUGUGAGUUUAUUAGGUACACCUAGUGAAAACUAAUGCAGUUUAAUGCAACAGCCCUGCAAUGACUCCUACCUUCGCGAAGGUGAUAAUGUUCUCUGUAUAAUUAGACCGCAGUAGUCUUAGACAGGUGUAUCUAACAAACUGAGUGUAUAUAACAAAUGGACACAGUGUCCUUGAUGUAUAACACCAAGAAUUAGACCUCACUAAUAUCAUCCGACUGAAAAGCUGCACCAGCAGCAGUUUCAGACCUGCGAUAGAGACGUGCUGAUGUGCACCAUGUGCAGGCAAACAAAGUAACUGCGUUCAGCAGUUCAGACACAGGGGCCACCUUGCCAAUGAGUGACUUGCUUAUGUUUUAUUGUCCCUUUUCUGUCCCCCUAGUUACUUUUGAGAAAGCCAUAAAAAAAACCAGGGUGGGGUGCGCAAAAAAAAAAAAAAUUAGCGAUGUAGGUUUGUAAGAGUUUUGACUUUGCUGCUGAAUAUUUGAACCAUAGACUUGGGUGGUCCCACAUUUAUUAAUUGGCACUCUUCCACUAUUUGCUGUGGUCUGCUGCUAAAAGUAAACAUAGUUAUGCAUAAAGUAAAUAUGAUAUGGAUUACACAAAUUUAAGUGAUCAAUUACUUUCCACUCUAGGCUGCUUAUAGACUAGAGUGGGAAGCCUAUAUAUAUUUUCACAUUGAUUUAUGAUGUAUUGCCCUUAGUAUUUGAUUGUGAUGUAUUCAUGUUCCCGUUUUUUGUAUUCAAAGGGUACAUUAAGUUUUUCCUAAACAUGACUUACAUUAAUUAGUUAUAUUAAUCAUAAUUUUAUGAUAACUUUUGUUGCUGCAUUUUACCCACAGGGAUAAGCAUCUUCACCCCUUCUCCUAUUAAAUUCAGUGUCGCUGAUUUGUUGAUGUUACAUGUGAUUGGCCUGUUAUUAAAAACUGUGCCUCUGUCAUGUUGCACAAGCUCAUAGCUGGACCAGUAAACCCAGGGUUAACGGAGCCAGUUGUAUGAGCUUUGUGCGAUGAGUUAUCCAGAAACGGCAAUGUUUAGUGUAGAGGGGCUGGCUGACAACUUCAAAAGAGAUUUUUGAGACAGGCCCCAAUUAUGGAAUGGUUGCUAUUUUUUUCACUAUGGAAAUAUUGUGAUGGCUGCCUGAUGUGUGAAAGUAAACAAGACAAAACAAUUUGUCUGCUUUUUGUAAACUAAAACUGGUUGAAUUAGUAUUGGUGAUUUGAUACAAGUUUUUUUUUUUUUUACCGCUCAAAAUGGUUGUGCAGUAUUUUAACUAGAUGUGAUGGUUGGGUAACUUUUAACUUUAACUAAUCAUCUGUAUGCGUGAAUGAAUAGACUGUGCAAUACAUUAAGUGAGUUGACAAUUUUCCAACUAAGAUAAGAUGAACGUGCAUCAUUUGGGCAUUUUUAUACAUCCUGUAAAUGGUAUUUUAUACUUUUGGCUGUUACAUCAAACUGUCAGACAAUGCUCUGUGGGUCAUUCCAUGUCAAAGCAGACUGAAUCCAGGAAAGUGGUUGUAGCACAAACUUUGUAGGAUGGGAGACAAACAUGUUCUCAGUAUGAGUGAACCAUUAAUGACUGCAUGCCUGUUGAUUUUCUACAAGGCCCUACAUUUGGAAAAAAGAGCAAAAUCCCUAAAUAAGAGUGAUAUUGAGGGUAUUAUAAACCCAUUAUUUUGCACCCAUUUGAUAUUAAUCAUUAUUUUUUCUUCAAAUACAAUCUCUCAUUAAUUUUGCACCAAUAUUUGAGGUCUCUAAUGAACAGGAAGAUAUUAGGAGUAAAACAAAGUGUGAAGCAUUGUUCAGUCAUUUCCAUAGGACCAAAAUUGUAUGUAGAAAGAACAUGAAAAUGUAUGUGGAAAUAGCUUAAUUUAUGGUCAUUUAGUGUACAAAGUUCCAGUGUCCUUCCGUGUUCCCUUCAUAGGUAAACACAUGUAGUUAAAGGCAUUGUUUUAUCUCUAGAAAAUAAACUUCCAUAAUGAAGAAGCAGGGUCUUCCCUUCUUAUCUCUACUUAUAUGUGCCCCAGCCUCUGAAAUAUUGAUUGGAGUAAAGAAAUACAUGUUUCUGUUGGCUCACUUUACUAUAGGUCAUUAACACAAGCUACAGUAUUUUCUUUACUGUCAGGGUCUCAUUAUAGAAAAAGGCAGUAACUCUGGUAGAUUCCAUAUUGAAUGGAGUGGUUAAAUUGUAUAUUCCAUAUUUAAAAAAUAAUGAGAUACUCAUUAGUUGCUUUAUUGAAAAUGAGGUGCAAUGUAGCAAAUCAUGUACUAGAAAUUACAUGUGACAAAAACUAUUGGCCUUUAACCAUUUAACAGGACUGAAUUGGGUACAUGCCUGGUGUUUUCUUGAUAACACGUAAGGGCAUGUACUGAUAAUUACACUGUGUGACAUGUUUCAGCAUGCAUAUUAGUGCACUUUCAACAGGUAGCUUUCUAACAUGCACACUGUAAAAUUACAUGUAUGAACACAUCCAACCUUUUAUGUUGAAACACAUUUAGAUACUCCCACUGGAGCUUGAGGGGGCCAUUUAGGAUACCACUUAUUCUUCCAUAUACCAGAGGUUUUAUUAAAAUAUUUCACUUAUUAUCAACAUCCAGGACCUUCCCAGAGACACAGUUCCCAUCUCAAAUGCCCUCCAUUCCAAUGAGGAUACAGAAAAAAAUGUUUAUCCUUAAGUUAUUACAAUUUCUAUGACACAGGAAUUCAAUAACUAUGGAGAUACUGAAGCAAAAAAUGUAACACUGGAAUGUACUUUUUUCUGCCAUAGGUAAAAUAUCUCUCAAAUCUGUGUCUAUUUUUGCAUGAAAAACAGAAGGACAUUGUUACUUGGUGCCCUUAAUAACAUACAUCAAGCAAUUUCCAUGUACAUUUUUAUGUGUCGGACUAGCUACCCCAUAAACCAAAUAGGCCACCAUGACUUGUUAUAGUCUUAAUAUCAUCAUCAUGGCCAUUAGUGGCAGAGACUUAAAAUAAUGGCAAAAAAUUUAUAAAAUAUUGUAUUUGCAGAAAAAAUAAAGAUUGAUCAUAUAAGUGCAAAGAUGUGGAUUAGUAGUACCCUCAAUAUCACUCUCAUUUAGGAAUUUUGCACUUUUAUACAAAUCUAGGGCCUUAUAAAAAUAAAAUUACAUGUAGUUCAGACUUUUAAUGAAUGCUUUAAAUCGCAUAGAGAAACCAUGCUUGUCUUCCAUCCUACAAAGUUUAGUGAGGCUAGGCACAAUAGUGGUGAAGAUAUUAAUGCACAAACAUGGUUUCCCAAAUAAGCCAUUUUAGCCAAAGGCUAUAAAAAUGAAAUAAUAUCAAGGGUCAAAAAAAUAUGAAAACAUGUGAUUUAAACAGAAAUAUUUUUGCAGGCCUUGGUUUUAGGACACAUUCAUGUUACAGACGUGGUUUGAAAAAAUCUGAACAUCAUUAUCUGAUUUGACAUGGAAUUACCCAUGUCCCAAAAUUAAAAGUUAAACCUUAUUGUAAAAACUCCAAAGCCAUUAAACAUGCAGCCUAUGAAACAUGUAAAUAGUCAUAUUUAUUAUAUUAUUUAUUACUGUAUGUAUUUCUCUGGUUUCCAAAAUGUUUGCUAAUGGUGACGACUGAUUGAAAAUGUGCCUUUCUUUAGCACAACAAACCUGUAUCUGUAAUCAACGUCAACUUUUCAAUACACUUGAACAGCUGACUUUAUGAUGAUUUUGGUUAUUGUCAUAACAACUGUUAAAUCAUCCUGUAUUUAUUUCUGUAGACUUCAAUUCAUCUUCACUUGCUUUUGAAUUGUUUACAAUAAAUGUGUGCACAUCUGUAUAGUUUUGGGGGUUCAUGUUUUUGUACACUUGUACCUGAAGUUAUUAAAAAAAAAAUCCAUUUUGCUUUUGGUUUACUAUAUUGCAUUAUACAGAUUUUGAACUUUUUAUGUCUCUAUGAGUGUUUAGUGAUAUGACAAUACAUACUAUAAGACAAUAUUAAUUAGUCAACCAUUGGGCAAUUCUACAAUAAUUAAUAAGGCAGCUAUCCCUUUUAUAUUUCUUGGUGUAUUACACCCCC